AUGUUCAAGACACAGACCAGGAUGGCCUCCGCUGGGCAACAAGCCGUUCUCCUGUUUCUCCUCAUUUCUUCAGGGCGCAGCUCCCGUUCAGCUACUUGUCCGCCGUCGUGCAAGUGUACAUCAGCUGGUGAAGGCAUGGCCGCUGUCAAGCAGCCUUACCAAGAAGACCGGUUACAGUCGCAAACAGUGGGACAGCCCAUGGCCUCGUGUUGGAUUCCAUCCGACCUACCUCAGCUGCAGUGUGCAUCUGACUGGGAGAUCCUGCAUUUACAGGUGUUGAGAGGCCAUCAUGAAUUAAGGAGAGAAACCAUUUCGGAAUCUGGUAGCCACCCAAUCACCAUCUCUUCCGAUCUGUUCAUAAAAUGUGGAUCAGUUACUCGAUUGGCCAUCUGGGAACACAGCCAGUUCACCACACUGCCCAGAUACAUUUUACGACCGCUAAUAAAUCUCACUCGUUUGAUUAUACAGGUUAAAAGUUUGAAUACGUUACCGGAUCACUUUUUAGCCUUCCUUCCGAAGCUUACCUUUGUGAUGAUUUCAAAGUCUCGACAACUGCAUGAAAUCGGACGGAUGACAUUUGAACCAUGCCCAGAGAGUUUGCAAACGUUGUGGUUAAACAGCAACAAAAUUAGCGGAAAGUUGCCUGCGGGGCUCUUCCACCAGUGCAAUUUGAGGACCUUGUGGCUAAACGAUAAUCAGCUGGAAAUGCUGGAUUGGGGGAGUUUGCAGGGGCUUGGCAACCUAACGAUUUUGCGAUUGGAUCAAAACAAACUACGUAAUUCACUUGAACAGAGCUUAGGGUAUCGAGAAGACACGAAAACGACCGCUUUGAAAUCCACUCCGAUGCUCAAGUCGCUGAACUUGGCUUCAAACCAGCUGUCCUCUAUAGAGGGUUCCCAGUGGUCUGGUCAGUGCGAACUUGCUCACUACAAUCGAAAAGGACUUUGCUACUUGGAAGAACUUAACUUAUCAAAUAACCAGCUACAGUGGCUUGAUCCGUACGCUUUUCAGGGCUUGCCAGCGUUACGGAUACUAAAAUUGGAAGGCAAUGUUAAUUUAUACGCUCCAGAUGCAUCAAACGGUCUAAUCUUAACGAUGUAUGUCAUAGGGAUAGCCAACAAAAGACUCACAUCAGUUACCAUAAACGUACCAAGUGAUGGAUCUGGAACAUCCCCUCCUUACGUACUCGAUGUGUGCGACGAGGGUUCGAUAUUGAUUCAAGCGAUUUCGCGUCCUCUGAGACGACUGCUGACGUACUUCAACGAAAGUAACUGCAUUCGACUAUCCAACGAGGUUGAUACAGCUAGUGUCGCUGACUCGCCGCAGCAGGUACAGGGAAGGAGAAUGGGUUUAGUUCAAGAGAAGAGACCGCAUGGAACUCCCGCAAGUGCAAACAGGACGUUCAAGGAAGUGAAUCCAUUCGUAAGAGUCAUUAAGCAAGGUGAUGGUCUUACGCUGAUUUUGCUCUGUCUAUGUUUCCUCAUAAGCGGGAUGCUGUUAUCAGUUGUACCAUUUACUCUUGUCGCCUGUUGUUGUCUGAAAGAUCAGGAUCGUCUCGAACGUCGUAAACGUGUCCUUACAGGUCAUACCAAGCAAAAAAAUUUCGAUUUGCUGAAACAUGCCCCAAAUGUGGGUCUUUUAUCCACCCAGCAUCUGAGAAUGGCUUCACAUGGAGGAGCUGAUGUGGUGUCUCCGUUGCGUCCGACUCGUUCGCUGCUGCCAAUGAACCUGAGUCCGAUGAGCUUCUCUCCUGGUCACAUGGGACCGCCAGUCAAUCAGGUGGACACGGAGCAUGAAAGGCGAGUGAACUCAACAGGAAAUGUCUACCAUCAAAUUGAUCAUCACCAGUUCCAACAAUCAAACGCGUGGUUUCUGAAUGGAGGUUUGGUGACACGGCACCCGCACAUCCAGCAAGAAAAGAGAUUAGUCCCACUGCCAUUCGAAACACGGCCCCUGCUUCAGUCUUCGGUUGGCACUGGAGCCAGUUCGGUGUAUAUGCCAACGGCGGAGAGUUCGAUGGGUGGCUCAGCUUAUAGCUUAGUCACGCUCACUUCCAAACACGCUCGAUCGCCUGCUACACCGGGGCGAUUCAAGGCCCUACCGGUUCGACGAGAAUGA